AUGAGGUGGAGGCUCGCCACGCCUCCGUUGUCGUGGGAAAGGUGCGAGUGGUGGCUGCGGCCCGCGUUGCCUGGAGAACUUCAGGACUUACAAACGCAAAAUGGGCCUCUCCCCGACGUCCCUCCUCCUCUUCCUCCUCCCAAACCACAAAACAAAGCGCACCCCUUCCUGGUGGAUGUGGGGACAACGGGUGUCGGGUGUCCCAUCCAGAACUUUACGGGGUCCCCUGCGGGAGCCGUGGCGGAAUCGGCCCCGCGUUCGUCGGAUUCCGCCUAUGUCUUCAGGUUUAUAUGUUUCUGUUCAGAUAGAGAAUUACAGCAGUUUCUCUCUUCUCCUUCUGUAAGAGCCAUAUGGCUGGACAGCUUCUGGUGGAUCUUUCAUGAACGGUACCAGCCAAAGAAGGAAGUCCAGAGCAAGCUGUUCGACCGGAUAGCCCAGCACUAUGCCUUUCUUUUGUCUCGUGAAUCCAGGUCCCACUACGAAGAGGCUCUCUUAAAAAGGUUGCCAUCACUUCUGAGUAAAGCCCUGUACACCAGCUUCUGCUGCUGCUUCCCUCAGUCCUGGUUCAACACUCACGAAUUCAAGUCUGACAUCUGCAACACGAUGAGCCUGUGGAUUUCAGGUAUAUACCCUUGCCCACACAGCUAUAAUAGCUGGGACUACUCAAAACUGGAUCCAGAGAGAUUCCAGAGAGAAGAAUUAAUGUUGCAGAGAAAAAGACUGCUGAAGGGUAAGGUGCCAGCUAGGGACUUCUGUCCCCUCUGUCCCCUGCCACACCCAGCUACCAUCUCGUCUGGGGAGGGGGGCUGUCUCAAAGCUCCUGCUCUGCAGUGUCACCCCCAAGACAAGAAGGAACUGAAGAACUACUUUUUCUCCUCUUCCCUAGGAAGAGAUUAUUCUUUCCUCACUUCUAGGAGAUACUCCGGCCGGAAGUCCCCCCAGAGCAGGAAGGUCUGCUGCCCUCAGUUGGCAUCUUCUGAUAUGAAUUCAACCAAUGAGAGAAUCUCUUUUGCCCAGAAGAAUUCAGUGGAUGGCUCACAAAUACAGAACACCUCAAAAGAGCAUAAUUAUCAGACUCUGGUCUUGAGGAAAGCAACACAACAAGUCAAAAGGAUAUCAGCAGCAAGAGAACUUGAGAAUAUGCUUCCUAAGCCGUCUUACCCUGCCUGCAAAAGCCCUGAGAUGACUUCAAACCUCUCCAACAUUUAUGGGAAGAGCCCUCUGAUUUUGUACUUCCUCCUGAACUACGCCUCUCUGCAGCAGCCUGGCAAAGACAUGUUGAUGGUCAGGAGGGAAAAAACCAAGACCAUCCCUGAGUCCACCCUGACAUACGUUGAGGUCAUCAGCCUGACCCUGAGCAACAUGAAGAAGCGGAGGGACGACCUCCGCCAGCUGAACCGGCUUCACUGGAGUGAGUGCCAUCAUUUCAGGGCGUACCUGAAGGAGCUGCACAACAACUUCCUCAGGGAGGUGAAGAAUAUUGAUCAAAGAGCAAAAGACAAAAAACAGGUGAACCACAUGUUCAUCCAGCCUUCAACCUCCAUUGAGGACUCCCCUGAAAAGAAAUCUAGAAGAAGCCAUCAGAGGGAGAUUGCGUCUUUUGAGGUUUGUUUGAACGAAGACCAUGGGAAAAGUAGAAAUCAGCCUGUCUUCACCUCAGCGCCCACCUCAGUACCCGCUAAUUCGAUGCGUCUCCUCAGUGCCCCCACCUCAGUCCUCUCCCUGACCUCAGCAUCUCUCUCCGCUCUAGAGACGCCCCAGCCUCCCCUCCGACCAAUGCCCCUCUCCUCAGCACACUCCCUCCACCUCAGCGCGCCCCCUCACCCCAGCGCGCCACCCUCGGAGGCUCCUUUAGCUGCUCCAAGUUGCUCCGGGCCCUCCCGCCACCCCGCCCCUUCGUCCUCUGCUCCGCCCCGGGUUCCGCCCCUCGCUCUUCGCUCCACCCACGGUGGGCCCGCCCCUCCGUCCGGGGCCCGCCCACGCCAGCAGCGCGCCCGAACUAGUGGUUUGGCGCCAAACCUCUCAGCGACGGGACGCCAGUCUUCGCUUUCUGGUUCCGAGGCAGAAUCCCUGAGGACUGGAAGGCCCGGGCGGGGGGCGGAAGGGAUUCAGAUACCUUGA